AUGUUGUUCAAGUUCUUUACGCCUAUCCCUCGAUUUUCGGAGUCUAAUAAUUCUACUAUCGGAAAUGAAUCAACAAUUGAAGCCUCUCCAAUUCUUUCUACAACUGAGGGACCAUCCGAAGAACCUUCUUCUACUCCUUCAUCAAGUGAUCCACCAUCUUCAAAUAAGGUAUUAAAAAAGGGGGAAUAUUUGGAGUUGGACCCUGGCAAAAGAACUCCAAUUCUUGAUUAUCAUCCAAAUGAUCAAGAUGAGGUGAGAAGAGCUUAUCUUGUAAAUGGACCUACAAGACCCAAUAUGACAGAUUAUCCUCCUAGAAAAAUUGGAAAAAGGAAUCGUUCUUUUAAUAAUAGUUGGUAUAAAGACAAUGACUGGUUGGAAUAUAGUAUAGAAAAAGAAGCUGUGUUUUGUUUGCCAUGUUAUUUGUGCUACAAUGGUACAAGUAAUUCUGCAUUUGUGAUUGAAGGUUUUAGGUGUUGGAAUCUAAAAAACAAGUUGAAUACACAUGUUGGUGAACUCAAUAGUAAUCAUAGAAAUUGUGUCAAAGCAUGUGCGAAUCUUAUGAAGAAAAAUCAAAGUAUUGAGUCUUCGUUUGUAAAGCAUAGUACAAAAGCAGAAGCUGAUUAUCUUGUUCGUGUAAAAGCAUCACUUGAAGCAGUCAAGUUUCUUGUCAGAGGUGGAAUUGCGUUUAGGGCACAUAAUGAGGGGGAAAAUUCUAUUUAUAAGGGCCAUUUUCUAGAAUUUAUCGAAGCAUUGGGGAGAAACAAUGAGAAAAUAGCAGAUGCAUUUAAAAGUGGUGGAGGAAAUUGUAAGAUGACUUCUCCUAUUAUUCAAAAAGAACUUGCAAAUGCAUGUGCCGUUGAAACUGUUAAAAAAAUAGUUGAAGAAAUUGGAGAUGGUUUCUUUAGUGUUCUUGUUGAUGAGUCCGGUGAUUGCUCUGGUAAAGAACAAAUGACAGUAGUUGUGCGUUUUAUUGAUGAUAGGGGAUUUAUUGUCGAACGAUUUAUUGGCAUUGUUCAUGUUGAGGAUACAAGUGCGAAAGCGCUUAAAGAUGCUCUUGAAACUUUGUUGUCGGGAUUUGGAUUGUGUAUAUCUAAAAUUCGAGGACAGGGAUAUGAUGGAGCAAGUAACAUGAAAGGUCAAUUUGGUGGAUUGAAAACCUUGAUUCAAAAAGAGAAUCCACAAGCCUAUUAUGUGCAUUGUUUUGCUCACCAACUUCAAUUGGCUCUUGUUUCAAUCGCUCGGAAGCAUGAAGAUGUUGAUUGGUUUUUCCUUGAAGUGUCUCGUAUUGUAAACUUUCUACGGUCUUCUAACAAACGACAAUCUUUACUUCGAAAAAAACAAGUUGCUCAUUUUGCAAAUCUAAUUGAGGAUGAGUUGGUGGAAACGGGUACCGGUUUGAACCAAGAGUUGUCUAUUGCAAGAGCGGGUGAUACACGGUGGGGAUCUCACUUUCGGACUCUUAGUAGGUUGAUUGAUUUGUUUACUCCUAUUAUUGAAGUGCUUGAAGAUUUGAAAAGUGAUAGAUAUUCAAAGGGUGAACCAAAAAGUUUAUUAUUUGUCAUGCAAACUUUUGGUUUUGUUUUUAUGUUGCACUUAAUGGUUGAGGUUUUGUCGUUGACAAAUGAUUUGUCUCAAGCAUUACAAAAGGGAGAUCAAGAUAUUGUUACCGCGCCAUGCAACUUGUCCAAGUAA